AUGGAGAAGAAAGACGCGCUCGCGAUGAAGUUGGAUGAGUCUGAGGACUAUGCCUUGGGCAGUCUUGCAACUGACGACAAGAGACUCGUUCGCAAGAUCGACUCGCAUAUCUUGCCCAUUAUGUUUUUGACGUAUUUUCUUCAGAUGAUUGACAAGAUUUCUAUUAAUUAUGCAAAUGUGAUGGGAUUCCAGGAUGACCUGGGUAUGACUGGUAACGACUUUUCGUGGUUGGCAACGGCCUUUUUCAUUGCGUAUGCCGUUGCAGAAAUUCCACAAGGAGCUCUGCUUCAACGGUUUCCCGUGUCAAAAGUGCUUGGGACGAAUGUUUUCUGUUGGGGGAUCAUUUUGUGUUGCUCAUCAGCAACCAAGAACUUUGCUGGCAUGAUUGCCCUCCGAACUCUUCUGGGCCUUCUGGAAGCAGUCAUUGCACCCUCUCUCACCAUCUACACGAGCAUGUGGUACACCCGAGCAGAGUCCACUCCCCGAUAUGGAUUCUGGUAUUGUGGACUGGGCGCUGGACAGAUAGUUGGAGGACUUAUAUCCUUUGCAGCCCAACAUGCACCCGCCAAUCUGUCAUUUGGGGGCUGGCGCAUCAUGUUCGUGGUCAUUGGGGCCGUCAAUGUCUUGGUCUCGCUACUGGUUCUUUUCGUCUUACCUGAGACGCCCGAGAAGGCUAGGUUCCUCAGUGAAUCAGAGAAGCAACGGAUUGCUCAGCGACUGCAGACCGAUCAGGCAGGUGUUGGUGCCAAAACAUUUCGCUGGCGGUCUGUCCUUGAGGCAUUUGCGGAUCUUCAGACGUGGCUGUUGGUUCUUCUCACCAUCCUCAUUACCAUUCCGAGCGGAGUUAUCACAACUUUCUCAUCGAUCCUGAUCAAAGGGUUUGGGUAUGGCAAUAAACAGAGUGCGUUGCUCAACAUGCCAUCGGGGGUGGUAAGCAUUGUGUCUACGAUGGUUUCCACAUAUGCGAUCGCCAAAGGCUUUUCUCGAUGGCUGGCCAUCGAUCUUCUGCUGAUCCCGACGCUGAUUGGGUCAUGCCUGAUGUCAUUUCUUCCAUCAUCGAACAAGGGAGGUUGUCUAGCAGGUAUCUACUUGGUGAAUACGACUGUUGCUCCGCUCGCUCUUAUCUAUGCUUGGACUGGCGCCAACUAUAAAGGAUACACGAUGAAGGUUGCUGGCACUGCGCUUGUUUCAGCUGCAUUCAGUAUUGCCAACAUCGUUGGGCCCCAGACCUUUCAGUCUAAAGAUGCUCCCCAGUACAUCCCCGCCAAGAUCACUUUAGUCGCCGUCAAUGCAGCGGCAAUCCUAAUUUCGACUCUUUUGCGAAUCAUGUAUGGGCGUCGCAACUCUCGCGCCGAUCGAUUGGGGACCCCAGCACGUAGUUCGAUGGAAGCGCGUAUGGCGAGCACAGAGAGCGCCGAUGUUGAUGAGACUUUCCGCUAUGUGUACUGA